ACUGAGAUCAGCUGCAUGUCGACGGAUAUAGCUUUUGAAACGCGAGGAAUCCCUUUAAGCAAAAAACAAAACAAAAAAAACGGCGUGUUCGUGUUUGUUUUGAAUUACGUUCAAAGCGUCGGAUACGCGUUGACAUGGCUGGAGGUGUUCGCCGACUUGUUCAGGCUCGGUAUGUCGGAUGAAGAUUCCCGUGCCAGCACCAGUUCUUCCUCCUCUACAUCCUCAAACCAUCAUCAUCAUCAGCAGCAGCAUCAGCAGCAACAACAACAACAACAACAACAACAACAACAACUACAGCAAGACACCAUCUCGUCCAAGAAACGUGAAAGCAAAGCCAGCAUGAGCAAGACCUCCAAACUCCUCUCUACUAGUGCUAAGAGAAUUCAGAAGGAACUGGCUGACAUUACGUUGGAUCCGCCGCCAAACUGCAGUGCCGGUCCUAAAGGAGACAACAUCUAUGAGUGGAGGUCGACCAUCCUGGGCCCUCCAGGCUCCGUGUACGAGGGAGGUGUCUUCUUCCUGGACAUCGCCUUCACACCAGACUACCCCUUCAAACCCCCCAAGGUGACGUUUCGCACGAGGAUCUACCACUGUAACAUCAACAGCCAGGGAGUGAUCUGUCUGGACAUCCUGAAGGACAACUGGAGUCCUGCUCUCACCAUCUCCAAGGUCCUGCUGUCCAUCUGCUCCCUGCUCACUGACUGCAACCCUGCUGACCCUCUGGUUGGAAGCAUCGCCACACAGUACACAACAAACAGACCCGAACACGACAGGAUAGCCAAACAGUGGACCAAACGCUACGCUACAUAAUCACCUGAGGAGGAGCUGCUGCUGGUUGGACGACCGGAGGAUGUGGGCGAGGGGUUAAUUCGGGGAGGGGGCGUGACUCUCAGAGGGAGGAGUGAGGUGAUGGGGGGGGGGGGGGGUGGUGGUGGUGGUGGUCAGGUAGAGGGGCGGGGGGAUUUUUAUCUGGGAAUUGAAGAAGUCUUAACUCCUGAAAUUUUUGUUGUUUAUUGUAUUUUUUAAGUUAUCUGCGGCCCAACUAUAAUCAAACCUGGCAAUAAUGCAUUUUGUGUUUUCUCUUUGAAGUUUUAGCUUGUGCUUGAAGAUGGACAUUACUACUAAACUGCUAGAUGAAAACGUGUCACAGCAUGAUGCCCAGUCGGUGUAAAUUCUCACAUGUAUCGGUUGCAGUUGGUGUUUGCUUCCCCCUCCAGACUCCCGCUCUUUGAAAAAGCUGUUUCACACAUGUAGACAUGUUUAGAUAUGGAUGGAUAUUGGUUGUGAUUUGUGUUCUGUACUGAUGAAAAGCUGUUUCUGUUUCUCCCUUAAGAAUAAAACAUGACCAACUGAA